CGAAAUGUCGGUCCACCUGACUAUCCAUCUUCGAGUUAAAGACACGGACCUGUCUUGAAUAUCAAAGUCCCCGCGGUUCGAUAAAUUUCUGAGUUGGAUAAUCGCGUCACGAAACAAUUGCAGUAUGGCUCUCGGGCGCAUGCACUUUAUCUGAUUCCAGAUUGGCUGCCUUCUGCAGCACCCUGGCUAUCCGACCCUCUCCCAGCUACCACAUCCCCAAGACAGAGAGUCAUAGAAGGCGAUUAGCAAAUCUCAGGCUCGGAUGGCUUUCACGUUAGAUGAUGAAAAGACACUAUGCCUUGCAUGCCAGACUCUGACGUUCAGCGCACUGCUAUCGGGGUUCAAACAUCCACUGGCAUAUAGUCAGAUUGUCUUGUCUGGGCGACAAUGCCCCCUAUGUAGGUUGAUCAUCUGUUCGAUGGGGCGGCUUCAAACUCGCAGUACGUCGUCCGCAAUUGAGAAAAGUUAUGAUACCAUGAUAGACGGACUCUUGCAGCUACCCGCUGUAUACCGCCGCCAUGUCUCGGGACUUGGACAUUUCCCCAUUUGUAACCAGAUUGUUAGACCUGAUUAUGUCACUUGGGAGAGAUGUGAGUAUCAAUUCGAGGCUGGCGACAUCAUGCACGAGCUCAGAAAGGGAAAUUUUGAUGGUGGUGAAACGAUCCAAGUUACCGCAGAUAAAGGCUCCUGGUAUAGGGAAACUGGCUUAGUUCCGCUGGACCGAAUUAGUGGUACGAUUUCGAAAUCGAGUUUUGACAUGCUACGAGGCUGGUUAGAGACUUGCCUGGAGAGUCAUGACGCAUGCCGGGUGAGAGACCCUAGAAAAACGGCUGGCACCAGUCACAAUGAAAUAUCAAGUGGCUCCAGGCUGCCGACAAGAGUGAUUGAUGUUACUCGUUUCGAAGGCAGCAAGUUUCGGCCGCGCCUCGUUCAGACUGACGGAAGGACUGGAACAUACGUUGCCCUCAGUCACCGGUGGGGGGACAAAGAAUCCACGAUCCAGACAUUAUCUUCAACAGUUAAAACUUUCCAAAGAUGCCUUCCUAUGGAAUCACUGCCGAACACAUUUCGUCAAGCCAUUGAAGUUACUCGUCAACUAAACGUACGAUAUCUUUGGAUUGACUCGCUAUGCAUCGUGCAAGAUGAUCCGGACGACUGGAAGCGGGAGUCGCAGAAAAUGGGCGAUGUCUUCGAGCAGUGCAUCUUUGUCAUAGCUGCCACGGAUAGUGUGGACAGUCAGGGGCAGGAUCAUGGCCUUUUCCUCCCUCGCAAGGACCCGUUAGCUGUCGAACUGUGCAUUCCGAUUGACAAAAGUCCCCUGCAUGUACUCUCUACAAAAGUCUUUAAGCGAGAAGAUCAAACGUUCGUUUGGAAGUAUAGAUGGCCCGCAACACAUUGUCGCUUCAAAGGAUGGACGCAAGGCUCUAUCUGUCUGCGCCCACGCAUUGACUCUCUUUCUUGUCGCGUGCGUCGUACCGCAUGGUAUAGCCGCGGAUGGGUUCUGCAAGAACGGCUACUUCCUUCUAGGAUCAUUUACUUUACGAAGGACAAGCUGUACUGGAGUUGUUUCACAACCACUAAGGAAGAGGAAAAUUCAGAUCCAGCAGUUCCACACAGACGGUGUCUAUUUCAAUCUACAACCCAGGAGAUUGGGGGCAUCUCAGAUUGCUGGACAAAUAUUCUUUCCGACUACGUCGGAUGCAGCUUGACUCUCGAUCGAGACAGGCUGAUGGCGAUCAGUGGGAUCACGCGCAGAUUCGAGCAAUAUUACUCUGUUGAUAUAUAUGCAGGUAUUUUGAACGACCAAACUGGUAGAAAUCUCCUCUGGUUUGUAUAUAAGCCUACUGAUAAGACACAUUUGGGGUUUCAUGCGCCGUCUUGGUCCUGGGCGUCACUGGUAGGCUCUGUGUCUUUCUUAUUGGCCCAGCCACGUCUACCAGAGCAAGGCCCUCUAAUUCGGAACCUACAAUACACGACUACAAACUCAUGUCCAAUGGAUAAUCCUGGAGGCUUUUGCGGGAACACUUGUCUUUCUGGCCAAGUUUCGUUCACUGGUCCGCUGGGAAAGCUAACUCGGUCGUCGAUGUCGAUUGUCGAUAUCAAAGUGGAAGGGUUUCAGGGCAAUCCUAUCAACAACAACGAAAUCAUGAGACGCCUUCUGGGCUCUGCAGUUUUUCGUUGUUCGAUUCCUAAAUCUUAUGAUGACAAAUGGAAUGAGAUACCCGUGCAGCGAAAUCUGUUCGUACCUGCACAUACUGAAUUGUUAGAAGACGACGGAGGGGUUUGCCUGGGCUUUCUGAUACCCGACAGUUUCAGAACACCCAUUACCAAUAAAAGCAUAUUCUGUGCCGCCAUCCAGCAGUGGCUAGGAAAUAAAACAGAAUCAAAUUGCGAAAUCGACUUCAUAGGGCUUGAAAAGUUGGAGAACAGGCUUGGCGGGUAUCGGAGAGUUGGGCGUGGUCGGAUAAUAUGCAACGAGUGGAUUUCCAAAUGUAGUGAAGAAACAAUAUUUAUCAUUUGACAUAUCAUGAAUAGGUUUACAGCUAGGUAGCACCAAAAUCAUUCACAGGUACAGUGCUAAGAAUAUCCGCG